GAAAAACAAGAAAAAGACGACAGGAAAGACGUAAACAAGGAUUGCCAAACAGCCAGGUUCCAGAGAUAGCAUCGGUUACUGAUUCUAUUGCUCAGAAAUGUGUCCUUGGACCUGAUCAAAAGCAUGAAGUCGUGUGCAAUCUAAACAAUCCACACCUGAAAGUGAGAGGCAAAAAAAUAAAUAAAUCAAAACUACAAUCUCUGGCACAACAAGCACGUCGAGCAAGAGAGAAACAAGAAAAGGAAAAUCGGGAAAUGGAAAUUCAAGAAUUGCAGAAUAUGCAACCUAAACAAAAAGUAUUAAAUUGCAAUCAAUUCGCCAUUCAGAGAGCUAAGGAAAGGAUGCGAAGGUCCCAACGGGAACGUCGCGCCAAAUCGGAAAAUAAAGCAUCAAUGGCAUUCUGCUUGUCGCAACAAGCACGUCAACGAAUAGAAACAGAAAAAAAAGUUAUCCGACCAUCAAAAGAACCGUCGAUGGCAAAAUGCUUGGCACAAAAAGCAGCACAAAAAGCACGUAAACAAAGAGAAAAACAAGAAAAAAACGGGAAGGAUCCAUAAUAAAAGAAGGUGGGCAAUCUGUUAUCAAAAUUCAUGGAAAUCAGUAGCAUUGAUAUGGAGGUAUGAAUACAAAUCUAAAAGUAUAUUAUAGUAUAUUAUAAAUAGCUUACACAUUAAAUUCAUACACAGGAACAUAUAAGAAUACAUUCAAUGUUUGGAUUCGUAUGUAUUGCAGAUAUCCCUCAAAUUUAACACCAUCAGAGUACACAUAAAGAUACAUUGCAGGUAGCCGAAAUAUGGAAUACAUUGGCAAUGUCGUUCAUUUUCUAAAUUAAGGUUUGUCUAGUGAUACCUAUAGGUUACAAGACCAACA